CAGGGGGAGGCGGCAGGCCAGGUCACGUGAUUCGCGCCGAGCGCCGCGGACCAUCCCGAGUCGCCCGACUCGGAGCCCGGCGCCUGCUCCGCUGCGCCCGCCCGCGCGCCGUGCCCGCGGGCACAGGCCGGUUAGCGCGAGGCGGAGUCUGCGGCGAGAGACCCAGCAGCGGCACACACUUAAAUUACGUGCCCGGCGCGAGCAGGGAGCAGCAGCUCCGGCACAGAGGCACCGCAGCGCACCCGCCCCAGACACCUCUGCUGCUGCUCGCCAUGGGAUCCGCCGCCGAGCAGCCGGGCCGGGCCACGGGCCUCGUGUCCAGCCUGCUGAACGACACCCUCGAGUUCUACCGCUGGAGCUGGAGCAUCCGAGACAAACGUGUUGAUGACUGGUUCUUGAUGCAAUCUCCAUUUCCAACACUGACUAUAAGCACUCUUUACCUCCUCACUGUCUGGCUGGGUCCCAAGUGGAUGAGGAGAAGAGAACCCUUCCAAUUGCGCUUCUUAUUGAUUAGCUACAACUUUGGAAUGGUUCUACUUAACUUCUAUAUUUUCAAAGAGCUAUUUUUGGCAUCCAGAGCUCAAGGGUACAGCUAUAUCUGCCAGACAGUGGAUUAUUCAGAUAAUAUUUAUGAAGUCAGGAUAGCUGGUGCUUUAUGGUGGUACUUUGUCUCAAAAGGAAUUGAGUACUUGGACACAAUAUUUUUCAUCCUGAGGAAGAAAUUUAACCAAAUCAGUUUCCUUCAUGUCUAUCACCAUUUCACUAUGUUCACCUUGUGGUGGAUUGGUAUCAAGUGGGUUCCAGGAGGACAAGCUUUUUUUGGAGCCCAAAUGAAUUCUUUUAUUCAUGUUGUUAUGUACAUGUACUAUGGAUUAGCUGCCUGUGGCCCUAAAUUUCAGAAAUAUCUUUGGUGGAAACGAUACUUGACCAUAUUACAAUUGAUUCAGUUCCAUGUGACUCUUGGCCACACAGCCAUGUCUAUUUAUAUCGACUGUCCCUUCCCUAAAUGGAUGCACUGGGGUGUAAUGAUCUAUGCUAUCACCUUUAUUUUCUUGUUUGGUAACUUCUACUAUCGGACAUAUAAAAUGCCCAAGGAACCCAUUAAGAACGGCAAAAUAGUGAAUGGUGCUGUUGCUAAUGGUGUAAGCAAACCAGAAAACAAUCUAGUGGUGGAAAAUGGAAAAAAGCAGAAAAAGGGAAAAGCAAAAGGAGAGUAACUUAUCCAGGCCUUAACCAUUGCUGGCAGUGGGGAACUUCCAGUUUGGUUUAAAAAGAAAAAGGAAGAAAAAAAAAACAAAAAAAACGCUAUGUACCAAUUAACCCUUAGGUUACCGAAGAGCUAGAACACAGAUAUUUUCAUUAUUUAUGAAGAUUGUUUUAACAAAAAUACUUCAAGUUAAAUUUCUGUUGUAAGUAUGUAAUUAUCAAGCAUUUGAUGAUCUCUGUGUAAACUUUUAGACCGCUGGCGCUGGUGAAUGUAAGAAAGAAUUGCCGUAAAUAAUGUGUUUUAGCAGUCCAAAGGUUAAUAUUACCAAUGAUCCAAUGAAUUGUUGAAGCCCACGUUUCUACGUGGAAAAAGGUAGCUUUUGAUUAUUUCUGUUUCUGCCAGAAAUUUAUUAAAUUCCAAAUUAUGAUGAUGUAUGUUUUUAUCUGAAAAUACAACUUCUCUUAUUAUUAGUUAGGGAUAUCUCAAGACACAGUUAUGUUUAUAUGCUGAACAGAGUCUGUUGACUUAUCAGACUCUCCUUGUUUUGAUUUAGUGUCUACUACAAUUUUUCUUCUAUUGUGGAAAUAUACCUACCUCUUCAUCUGCUGAAAAGAACAUUUAACAUUAAAUAACUUUAAUUUCUGAAAUAUGGAGUCUUCUAAUAUAAAUGUCAGUUAAUGCUAAUUGGAGAAAGAAAUUGCUUUCCUGAAAGAAUAUAUUUUCACCUGUUUUGUAGAAUUAUCAUCUGUCUCUUUCAAUGCAAGCUUGGAAUGGUAUUUUGGAUGUGAUUAAGUGGGGGGGGGGAGGGACUUUAAAAAAUAUUUAUAUGAAACAAAGUACAUCUCAUAGCAUAAGAUAAUCCAUCUGAUGUAAGGUUAUUCUACCUUGUCCCCCAUGUGCAUUAAACCCAUGGUGCUAACUCUUGUAACGUUCAAAAUGAUUGUAUGGUGUUAUGGUGAGGGAGAACAUGCUGUAGAACAUAAUCCUUCUUUUGAAAAUGCUACGAGCAUUCGACGCCAGUCAUGUUUAAGCAGAACACAGGCACACUUCAUCAGGAGAGAGAAUCUGCAGUUAAAUUAUGUCUUUACAGCAAAUACAUUGUAGGUAUAUUCUAGAAAUGUUUACCCAUAAGUUGGUCUUGCAUCUUAGUAUUAUGAUGAUUCUAGACUACACAUCUGGUAUUGUUUGCAGGCCUCUGUCUAAUGCAAAUGAUAAAGUAGAUUGGCUGGCUUUUCUCCAAUAUUGCUGGCUCUUGUCAGUGUAAGUUACAGGCUUGCUGUGCCCAUCAUUUCUUAGUCAAAACAGUUAUAAGAAGACAAAGCCUUUUUAUCUAGCACUUCACAAAGAUUAAUCUUUCCGUCUGUGAGGAAAGCAUGGCACUAAUUAUUAUUCCUUUUCUGUUUAGAUGGAUACUGAGGCAUAGAGAAUUGUCACUUGUUCCUGCUCACAAUGAAUAUGAGGCAGAACUGGGACUAGAACAUAGGUCUCUUAACUCCUAGUUCUCUGUUUAGACCCCAAGAGCUGGCCUGCUGGUUCCCAGAUACAUUUCUGAGAUUUGUGGUUAAACAGGUUCAUCACUAGUCAGCUCUCUUUCACUGGGGAAAUGGUGCAACUUUUAAAGUAAAGAAUUCAUAAGAAGCUCUGUAUGUAGAAGUUAAAAUGUCCAACACAAUUUAAAAUUUUUAACUGUUAUCAAUCCACCCUAUAAUAAACAAUAGGCAAACAAAACCAACACCUCUUCUCUUACUAUGUUUCUGUCCUUCCACAUUUUACUGAAAACUCUGUCUGUAUCCAAAUACCAAGAUAGGAAUGCAAGGAAGAAAACUUAAGGACAUAGUCUGUAGUACUGGAAAUAGGGGUUAAAUUGGAAGUCAGUUCUUCAGUAGUAAGCCCUCUCCCUACCCUCAAGCAUAAUACAUGACAGGGUACUGGAUUGAUAGAGUAUAGAGGCUCUAUUGCACUGGAACUGGUCUAUGACCAUUAAUUAUCCUAUUGGCUUAGUCUUGAUGCUUUCCAAAAAACCUCUGAAUUUGUACAAAUGUAUAUUUCUGUGUAAUGAUAGUCAUAAUGCAUGUGGAAGGGGGAAAGGGUCAAGGUCUUUCUCAGACAAAUUUGCAUGUAUUCUCCCUACUUCUAGUAAACUAGCAUUUUGGCUUGGAUGUUUUUACUUCCUUUCUUUUUAAGCCAAAUUAAAUAAAGUGGUGCAUACAUGUAACAUCUUCUGGCUCCUAAAAACCUCUCAAGAAAUUUUCUGGUACAGGUUCAUUGAUCCCUCUGCCACAUCUUUGAAAUAAAAAUUUGAUCUUGCAUGUUGACCAGUAUUUGGGAGCCAAAUUCCCACUUACUGUAUGCAUCAAAAAUGCACAUAAGAAUGAAAACAGCUGAAGGCUAUGGCAGGAAGUUAGGCGAAUCUUAUAUGAGAAUUUUGGGUCUAUGACAUUGGAAUUUUGGGUCAGAUGGCGCUUGUAGAUGGGGAGCUUGCUGGUGGUAAAACUACAUUCUGGGUGAAUCGAGGUGCAGGCACAGCUGCUAUGUCACUUGGGCUCACAGGCAAAGCCAGUUAUAGAGCUCUUUCCUGGCACACUGCUAAAUGGAGAGGUUACAACACUGUCACUGAGGUAGCAUUGAGCCCACAGCAUCCAUAUUCUGCUACAGGGUUUUCCUUGAUGUCCGUAUGAUUUAGUCCUGCUUUGAGCCUGAGUAUGUGGUCUUUUAUUGGUGUAGCGUUCUGCAAUUUGACCAAUGGCAUAGCAUGGCUGUGAGUGGAAUACUUCUACUUUCUCUCCGUUCCUUCCUGUGUCUGAGAAGCCAGAGCUGCAGAACACAGCCAAAGUUGACAGCUUGCAGUUCCUUCUCUUUUCUCAGGUUUGAGGCAGUAAUGCACAUGUGUGCACUGCUAGAAACUCUCAAUCUUGCCCAUUCUGUGCCUUGCCUGAUUGUCCAUGGCACCUCAGAAUUUGGCUCCAGAUGUAGAGAAAGUAGUGUGCAUGUGAAAAUGUGUACAUAUAUACAAAAUUAAAACUAAAGUGCUGAAAAUUUGUAUAGUGAAUUAUUUUUUUGCUAUGCACUUUUUAUAUAAUCAUGACUCUAUUUAACCAUUUGGCACCUAAGACUUUUCCAUUGAAAGGGAUGCCUUCCCUAAGAAAUUUUGAAACCUUUGGACCAAUCAGCUGUCACACCACUUUACUUGUACCUGAUCCUACACACAUCUCCUCAACGCUGUUUCCCACAGUGAAACUUCAUCUCUUGAUAACUUAAUUUUUUUAAAGCAAACUAGGACUUCUCAAAUUGGGAGUACCUGUUAAGAACAUAUAGAAGUAACUUAUAAGUUUUAAAUAGGACCGUUGGAUGCUGCUAGGGAUUAACCACCAAAACCAAGCUGCUUCCAUUGAUUAUAGCUCUGAUGCCAGGCAUUUCAAAUGUGAAUGGCAUUUGUUGGUAAUUUUAGGCAUAGGGUGCUGGGAACCUCACAAUGCCACUUGUUCAAAUGUAAAAUAAAUAUUGAUGUCUCAAAUGCACAUUAAUUGGGGGAUCAUUGUCAUCCAUACGUACAGACACCACAUGUAAUGCAUGCUCUGAUAGCUGGCCAAUGACUCCAUUCAAUGGUAGAGAGCAUUUUAAGAAAACUAUACGGUUAAUGGAAUAAAGGAAAAGUCUCUUCCUCAGAAUAAGCUUCUAGUACAUCUGGCAGCCAUGUGCUCGAAGUUGGGAAUGGAUACGGGUUUACAGGCCCCAAUUCUGUAAAGAUUUCUGAACAUGCUUAGCUUUAUGCACCCUUUACCAACUUCAGUGGGAUUGCUCAUGGUGUGUAAAGUUAAACCAAGCAUUGCUCUGGUGCAAUAUCAAGGCCAUAACUUGUAAAUAAAAGCUUGUAAUUUGGCAUGUUGCGAUUUGGAUAGAAGGGAGAUUUAUUACUGGGUGUCUUGAAUCAGUUGCAGGCACAAGCAAUGAACAUCUAGAAGGGGUGAGAAGUAGCAAGUCAUCUCUGACUUCUAGUCACCCGGCUAUGUGGUGCCAGAAUUAAUGGGACAAAUUUUCUGCUAGUAUGAGCUGUUGAAAUUCCACUAAAGUCAAUGGAGUUGUGCCCAUUUACAUCAGCAGAGAAUUUGGUCCAAUUACUUCUUUUUCCAAAGAAUGAAAAAAUACUUUCUUCCUGUGUGUUUGUUUUAUUUGCCAAUAAUGCAUGUAAAUAGAGGUAAUCAGUGGUUAGGGAGGCUUCUUGUGCAUAGGAUGCUUUGCUUUUGUAAACAUUAAAAUAAAAUGUAUUUUUCAUGCUGUG